UCAGCGGCGUGCGCGCGCCAGGAAUAGGCGGAGGAUGGGGUACCUGCCGUCGCUGGGCAGCAAGGCGGCGCACUUCGUCUCCGACCUCACCACCGUCAUCCUCAACCCCGUCUCCGAGCGCGAGCCCUCCUCGCACCUCCCCGAGGCAGAGGAAGAGGAAGAAAAUUCAGAGGAUGAGCAAGAUUCUGAGCAAAACUCUGAUAUUCCUGAUGGCCCUGAUACAUCUUCCUUUAGAGCAUUCAUGAUCUCAUUUUUGUCGCCGUCUAGCUCUUUUAACGCUUCAAUGGAGAUAAUUCCUGAGCAGAGCGAAGAUAUUGGAUACCCAACCUUAACACCGGUCGGAAAGGCAAGCAAGGGGAAGUCAGGCCUGAUAAGCAGAGGGAAGCAUUCCAUUGGAAAAAUCAUUAACAAGGCAGCUAGGAUGAGCGGCUUUAAGCAAAGUGCAGAGCCUAAAAUUGGCAGAGAGGUGGCAACUCAUGCUGAACCGGUUGCACCUGUAUUGGAGCUCGAAGAACCAAAGGAAGUUAGUUCCUUGAACAAUUUGCCAGUCAUGUCAGAGCCAUCUGUCCUUUUGUCAGAGAUGAUGCGAUCCAUUCUUUAUUCCUCUCUUCCUAUUCUCUCUCAAGGAAGGAGCUGGGUUUUGCUAUACAGCACAUGGAGGCAUGGAAUAUCUUUAUCUACUUUAUAUAGAAGGAGUAAGCUGUGCCCUGGUUACUCACUCUUGGUAGUUGGAGACAAAAAAGGGGCAGUUUUUGGUGGUUUAGUUGAGGCUCCAUUACAGCCAUCCAGCACAAAGAAAUAUCAGGGGACCAAUAACUGCUUUGUUUUCACUAGUUUACACAGCAAUCCUGCUAUAUAUCGACCAACCGGUGCUAAUAAGUAUUUCACCGUGUGCUCUACUGACUAUUUGGCACUAGGAGGUGGCAGUCAUUUUGCACUUUAUCUAGACUCAGACCUUUUGAGUGGUUCAAGUUCAAAUUCAGAGACAUUUGACAACCAGUGUUUAUCGCAUUCCGCGGACUUUGCGGUUAAAGAAGUUGAGCUGUGGGGCUUUGUCUAUCCUUCCAAGUAUGAAGAGAUGCUCACACUGUGCCGUACUGAGAAGCCGGGGAUCUGCCGAUUUUGAGCUACCGGAUCAGUGUGUGUUAUGUCUGUACAGUUUUUAGUAGGCGUUGCCAUAAUUUUAGUGUGCAAGACCCAUUUAGGAGUAACUGGGAAGUGAUAGCUUGUCUUAUUGAGGUCUGUAAAUUCUGUAAUUUUCUUGUUAUGCCAGUUGCCAGACUUACUGAACUACUUUGAUUGCUAUCUUGGUAUCAUCACUGCUACAGAGUUACAGUAGGCAAGUGCCCUGUGAAUUCUUCAUAAAAAUGGGACUGAUUCACAGGAAUGUAUGUGCAAGAUAGAUUAUUGCACAAUGCAGUAAAGAAUAUAUUACGAUGUGUUUGAAGCAAA